AUGACUUGCUGUCGUUGCAUAACCUUGCUAUUGGCGGUAUCGCUCCACCCUGGAGUAUUUGGUGCUGAGAAAUCUCCCAUUAGGCUAGACAUUGGAAGACAGACGAAUUACCGUAGCACUGGCCAGGAGAUUGAUGUAAAGAGUCAUAAAGACGGUGAAGAAACAUUCUACACUCACACCCUUAGCAAGCCGGCGCACCUCUCAGAUAUCAUGGUAGAUGGACACUACAUUCAUGCUGACCUAUUCCCCUUUAAGGACGAACUUAUUCUCUCUUCCUUGGUAUACUGGAGGUAUGACAAGCCAGAUAUGCUAACUCUAAACCUGGAAAGGUCCCAGGUAUUUCUGUGGAACAAUGGGAAUGGGAGACUGGUUCCACAGGCAUCCACCUUUGGUGAAGAAGUUGACAAUGAAGUUACAAUUGAUAUUAGCAGUUCCACAAGUUACACAAAGAACGGUAAAAGUGUGAAGGUAAAACAACUUUCAAGCACUCUACACCCAAAUUAUGCAGUUUAUUGUCACACUGCAGAUGUAUUUGUCGUUAAAGAAAUAGUUUUUGAAGGAAAGAUCCAAAGGGGUCUACACAUUGGUUGCAAAGUUUUUAGCGUACAAGUAUAUAAAUGGGCGGAUAAACCUCUGCUCGUUGAAUUUGAGCUCUUCAAUUCUAGAGUUAAAGCUUUCGCGAGGAUCGGCGAACAAUGGGUUCCCUUCAACAUACCAGACAUUAGCAGUCCCAAGAGAAAGUGGUACAUGAGGGGGUUCCUGGAAUACAUUAGUUGCAGAAAUAAACACGGUGUUUCAUUGGACAUUGGAAAAAUGUCAAACGGAUCCUACAGGGACAGGAAAUGCGGGUUCAGGAAUUUACCAAAAUACGACAGCGAGCCAAUAUCACUCAAGGUGUACACCGGAAGAGACCUUGCAGGAUACAAGAAAAUCACCCAUACACCCGCAGUUGUACCCUUUGAUUUGCAGCGCGUAGCGAUUGCUCUUCCCAACGGCUCUCAUGAAAUUGUAUUUAUGAAUGUACCAAACAAACCAGUAAAGCAGUUUUCAGUAUUUUGCAAUGGCAACAAACCCCUCUAUAUUGAGGUACAUGCCGAUAAAUACUAUUAUUACAGUUAUUCGGGAGGGAAUGCAUGGGCCUUGUCCGGUUUUUCAAUGCAACCGGCCUCAUCAUCCGCAGUCGUGAGUGUUCUAAACUUUCUAAAGCGGAAACGUACCUAA